UGAUUAUUUAUUUAUUUAUUUAUUUAUUUAUUUGUUUUGUUUGUUUGUUUUAUUGUAUUGAUUUAUUAAGUCGUUGUUCGUUGUGAUGGUCGAGGCGCGUGCGGUGGGGGUGAAUUCCGGUGCGGCGUUUCUCCUCGCGCGGCUCUUCGCCAUGGCGCGCGACACGGGGGACACGGGCGUAGCGGGCUCGGGGUCCGAGUCCUGGGCAAUGAUGAUGAUGAGCCAGCCGCCUCCUCCGUCCGGGGGUCCGCGGAUUCCGCCCGAGGCGGGGAACUGGACGCGCUGCGCCGCGCACGUGCAGAGCUACGGCGGCAUGGAGCGCGCGCUGAUCGGUGGUGUCCUGACGGCGCUGACGCUCGUGACGGCGUGCGGGAACCUGCUGGUGGUGGUAUCCGUGUGCUCGGUGAAAAAGUUGCGGCAGCCCUCCAACUACCUGAUCGUGUCUCUCGCGCUGGCAGACCUGUCCGUGGCGCUCGCGGUCAUGCCAUUCGUAAGCGUCACGGACCUGAUCGGCGGCCGCUGGAUCUUUGGGCAGUUCUUCUGCAACGUCUUCAUCGCUAUGGACGUCAUGUGCUGCACGGCGUCCAUCAUGACCCUCUGCGUCAUCAGCAUUGACAGGUACCUGGGCAUAACGAGGCCUUUGACGUACCCAGUGCGUCAGAACGGAUGGUGCAUGGCAAGAAUGGUCCUGUCUGUGUGGUUACUCUCAGCCUCCAUCACGCUGCCACCGCUGUUCGGGUGGGCGCAGAACGUGAACGACGAUAACCAGUGUCUGAUCAGCCAGGACUUUGGCUACACCAUCUACUCCACCGCCGUGGCCUUCUACAUCCCCAUGAGCGUCAUGCUGGUCAUGUACCGCCGGAUUUACCGCGCCGCCAAGCUCAGUGCCGCCAAACAUGCCAUCUCUGGGUUCCCGCGUCCGAGCGAAGAAGACGACGAAGAUGGAGACGAUGACAGGACCAGCCGAGAUGACGACAGUGACUGCAUUACCACAGCUAUGAAGAUGCACCGACUCCGAGGAGCAAAGUGGAAUGAAGCCGAGCGUAAAAGCGCCUCCAUAUUCAGGCGCGAGCAGAAAGCGGCGGCUACACUGGGCAUGGUGCUGGGGGCGUUUACUUUCUGCUGGCUGCCGUUCUUCGUUCUGUCGACACUGCGCCCGUUCGUGUGUGGAGUUCGCUGCAGCUGCGUACCUCUGUGGAUCGAGAGAACGCUGCUGUGGCUCGGUUACGCCAACUCGCUCAUCAACCCCUUCAUCUACGCCUUCUCCAACCGUGACCUGCGCACCGCCUACCGCAGCCUCCUCGCCUGCCGCUACCGCAACAUCAACCGCAGGCUCUCUGCCGCCGGCGUCCACGAGGCCCUCCGACUGGGCCCGAGGUCAGAGGUCACGCUGUCCGUCUGAACAAAUCCCAAAGACCUCCAUACUCGUGACUUCCCAGGCCAUUAUAUACAAUGUAAAGAGUGAGGACAUGAAAGACAACCACGGUUCUCCUGUGACCUUGCCUGAAGUCAAAGGAAGGUUAUGGAAGGUCCUAUGCAUCAAGUUUAACCUCGGACUAUCAGAAUAUCUUCCAGACUAUUUAAUCAGGCUUUAAUUAUAAAGGUCAAACAUGUCCAGGAGUCAAAUUUCAUCAUCAACAAAAUGACCUUGAAAUUUAAAAAAGCUACGGAGGAUCAUUUUUUUAACACAUCAGCAAAACCUUCAUGAUGUGUUUUAUCUAAAUGUUGUGGAAAUUGUUUACAAAUAGAUUAUUAAUAAUCUUUGGACAAAAAACAUAACAUGACAUCAACUAAUAUUUUAAUGAGUUGUUUGAUUGACAGCUGUUUGAGACUCCGCUGGUGACGUUCCCCAAAAAAAGAAAAGAUUAUCUAUCACUCUCUGAUUUAACCUUCAUCAUGCAAAUUUAUGGCCACAUAUUUCUGAUCGCAAAUUUAACUAGAAUGCAGAACAGGCCACGCCCACAAGCAACAGAUUGUGAUGGACAACAGGCAUGUUAGAAUAAACGCAACACUGUAUGAUGUCUAUAUUUGAAUAUUUCAUACAAAAUGUAAAUGCUUUUAUAACCUUUAUUUUGUACAGUAAAUUCAUGUGCUGUAAAAUAGAAUAUAUUCUGCAUGUCGCUGCUGUUUCUAGAAUAAAACUCCAGA